GCGUGCGCCCCUCAGUCAGUCCCACAGCUCCAGCCUGCUCCAGCCUCCCACAGCCCCGGACGCCGCCUCUCUCCUCUCGCCAUGAGCCACUCUUACUCCUCCGCCCAGUCUGGCUCCUCUUACCGCCGUACAUUCGGCAGCCAGGGCUACAGCACCCCGACCAUGUCCCGCUCCCUCUAUGGGCGGGGCUCUGGCUCCGGGGGCAACCGAGUGUCCUCCCGGGUCUACGAGGUCACCAAGACCUCCGCCGCGCCGGUCUACUCCGGCUACCACACCUCCACCAGCUUCGGCGGGCCCGUGAUGUCGUCGAAGGCGUCCCGGGCGUACGGCGGCAUGGGCGAGACGCUGGACUUCAGCCUGGCCGACGCGCUCAACCAGGAGUUCCUGCACACGCGCACCAACGAGAAGGUGGAGCUGCAGCACCUGAACGACCGCUUCGCCAGCUACAUCGAGAAGGUGCGCUUCCUGGAGCAGCAGAACGCCACGCUGGUGGUGGAGGUGGAGCGUCUGCGGGGCCGCGAGCCCACGCGCAUCGCCGACCUCUACGAGGAGGAGAUGAGAGACCUGAGGCUGCAGGUGGAGGCGCUGACCAAUCAGAGGUCCCGGGUGGAGGUCGAGCGGGACAACCUGGCGGACGACGUGGACAAGCUAAAGCUGAGGCUCCAGGAGGAGAUUCUUCAAAGGGAGGACGCAGAAAACAACUUGGCUGCUUUCAGAGCUGAUGUGGACGCAGCCACUCUGGCCCGCCUGGACCUGGAGAGACGCAUUGAGACCCUGCAGGAAGAGAUCGCCUUCCUGAAGAAGAUACACGAGGAGGAGAUCCGUGAGCUGCAGGCCCAGAUGCAGGAGACCCAGGUCCAGAUCCAGAUGGACAUGUCCAAGCCCGACCUGACCUCCGCCCUGAGGGACAUCAGGGCCCAGUACGAGGGCAUCGCUGCCAAGAACAUUGCAGAGGCCGAGGAGUGGUACAAGUCCAAGGUGACAGACCUGAACCAGGCGGUGAGCAAAAACAACGAGGCUCUGAAGCAGUCCAAGAUGGAGACCAUGGAGUUCAGACACCAGAUCCAGUCCUACACCUGCGAGAUCGACUCCCUCAAAGGCACCAACGAGUCCCUGAUGAGACAGAUGCGUGAGAUGGAGGACCGCUACGGCCGCGAGGCGGGAGGUUUCCAGGACAACAUCGCCCGCCUGGAGGCAGAGAUCGCCAACAUGAAGGACGAGAUGGCCCGCCACCUGAGAGAGUACCAGGACCUGCUCAACGUCAAGAUGGCGCUGGACGUGGAGAUCGCCACCUACAGGAAGCUGCUGGAGGGAGAGGAGAGCAGGAUUUCCCUGCCCAUUCAGAGUCGUGCCACCAUGAGUUUCCGGGAGACCAGCCCAGAGCAUUCCCGCGCAUCUGCCUCGGAGAUGCACUCCAAGAAAACGGUCCUCAUCAAGACCAUCGAGACGCGUGAUGGGGAGGUAGUCAGUGAAUCAACACAGCACCAACAGGACGUCAUGUAACAUGCAUACAGAAAACAAGAUGAGGACUGAACCAAAUAAAACAAGAAGGACUCUUAAAACUCAUCCUCUUGGCCUUAAGUUGUGCUUAUUUGAAAGACGUCCUUGACACGGUAUAUUCAUAACUUAUUCAUAAGUGUUAGAAGGUUAAGUCACAAUUAGUGUUGGAAAGGUAACACGACGAUACGUUUGUGAAAACAUGUUGUUUUUUUCAUAUCCAUGUUCCUGUGAAUCACAGGGCGUGUAGGUGUGUGAUUCACUUGAACACGUGUGUACGGGCUUCAUGUCAUUCCUUCCUACACACCAGUACGCCACCAGGUUGGUUUUCUGGAGGUCACUCCAGGGUGUUGCUGGAGGGUGUUGCCAGUGUUAGGGUAGUAGUGACCUGAGGGAAGGACGUGUACAGAUAAAAAAAAAAAGAUAAGAAAGAAGAUAAAAGUUGUCUAGAAGGAAGUGACUUAUAAGGAGAGAGAGGAAGAGGAGGAAGGCGA